AGAGACCUAAAAAUAAAAACAAAAACAAAACCCAUUUCUCAUAUAGAAGACGAAAACCCUCUGCUCAGUCCAAAAUGAGAACGCGCCGGCAAACAUAUCCGGCGGCAACUCCGCCGAUCCCUGAAUUCCUCACGGCGAGGCCCAUAGUUCAAGCGCUUCCAGCGUCAGCGACAAGAUCAGGAAAUGGUGGAUCAGAGAAGAAGAACUGUAUCAGAGGAUUGUGGGAUAAAAAGAUUCCGACGGAUCUGCUGCAAGAGAUACUGUCUCGCCUCCGAUUAAAAUCCAACAUACAUGCUUCUCUCGUCUGCAAGACAUGGCUUAAAGAAGCUGUUUCUGUCAGGAAGUUUCAGAGUCGUCCUUGGCUUUUUUAUCCACAGGGAGGAUCGAAAGAGGGAGACUACCUUCUUUUUGACCCAUUACACUCUCAAACAUAUCAACUCAAGUUUCCAGAGUUAAAGGGCGAUAAACAUAAAUUCUCUUGUUCUAGGGAUGGUUGGUUGCUUGUGAAGAAAGAUAGCCCCUCCGAUGUGAUCUUCUUUCUUAACCCGUUUACCCGGGAGCGCAUCUACUUGCCCGAGUUGCCACGGUAUUUCACAGGCCAUUGCUUAACUUUCUCAGCCGCUCCCACAUCAGCUAGUUGUUGCGUUAUCUCCUUCGCCCAUCAACAAAAUUUGGACGUAUUUGUUGUGCUUGAUACUUGGCGCCCUGGUGAUUCUGUAUGGACCACUCGUCGCUUUCCGAAUCGGUCUUAUGGUUACGGAACAGUAAAAUGCCACUUCUCCAAUGGUAUGUUCUAUUGUCUCAGUACCAGCGGCUACAUCGGGGUUUUCGAGCCCUCUGGAGCAACCUGGAAUAUUAUUCCAGUCAACCCCUGUCCCGUCUUUAGUCGUCGUCAUCACGAUAAGCUCGUGAGGCCAGUGUUCAUGACAGAGCAUGAAGGAGACAUUUAUGUUAUGACUACACGCCGCAAAAACAACAGCAAACAGUUGGUGUUUAAAUUAAACCUUGAACGCAAUGUAUGGGAAGAGAUGAGAGUACUUGGUGGAUUGACAGUAUUUGCAUGUAACGCUGCCUCUUUGACAAGAGCUGGUCUCUCAGCGGAGGAGAGGAACAGAAUCUAUACAUUGCAUAUCGGUGACUAUGGGAGACUUGGCAUUUACUACCUUGGUUGUGUCAAAUGUUCUCUUCCCGCUUACACUACCUAUUUGUCUAACCGCAGUGCUUGGCUGCAGCCACCUCACAACAACUUUUUUAGUUUGUGACUUCGUCUUUAAGUGUUUUUGUCUUCCAAAGAUUUUUUUAUUAAAUAAACAGUUGAGGUUUAUAUGAUUGAAUUAGUUGCAAGAAUCUUUUUAUGCAUUGUAGCUCGGAUACUCUAUGAAUUAGAUCAAGUUUCUUUUAAUAUAUCCAAUGUGUUUCAAUCUGAGUCUAGUUCUCUUGACGAUUUAAUUAUAUGUUUGAUAAUUGGACUUUACUAUCUAUGGUUUGUGACUGUUUACCUACAUAUAUCAAUUCAAUGGUAGCAAAUAAUUUUCUCUCUUUUGUUGAAAAAUGAACAAGCUACUUAGACAAGGAAGAAUAAGUAGUUUUCUUGUCCUUCAAUGGAUUUCAUUAGGAAGACUAAGGACAUGUACAGAGUUGAAGAAGAACUGGCAAGGAGAUCCAUGUGUUGCUAUAGAUUAUUCUUGGGGAAGGUCUUAUGUGAGAAUCCUCCGAAAAAUCGUUUACUUGUUAGAAUUUUCCUAAACUCAUCUCUGUUAUGUGCUUUCAGUCUUUAUACAUGUUUCUAAGACAACAUUGGUGAGUUUAUUUGUUUAAUGCUAUGAACAUACUGAAGAGGUGUACAGAGUUUGUGAGCUCAAAUCUACGUACGCAACCAAUCUUUGUUGCAGCGGUUUGUCAAGCAACAGAUUAAAAGGAAAUGUUCUUGAUUGCUUCACCUAUUUACCGAGUUUAACUGAUUUUUGUAAGUCAUGCCAUAGCUUGUCCAGACAUUUCAUUUAUACUCAUAUAUAUGGUUAUAAAGCAAGUGAUACUCAUAUGGCUUAUGUGUGUAUUUCUGCAAAAACUUGGAAGAAAACCAAUUAACGGGUUUGCUUCCACCAAAAAGUACUUGAGAGAUUAAGCAACAGAUCACUUAAGCUAAGGUUUCCACUAAGAUAUAUAAUGCUUUUGGACACAUUACAAAUUGAACCAUCUUGUUCAUGUUCUUAUAACCAGAUUCAUCAUACGUUUAGUUCUUACCGGAUUCUUGCUUUUGCCUAACGUUUCCUAGUGUAAUGACAAGCGUGAGCAGAAAUCUAGGUCUUUAUCUAUCUUCUUCAUUAAAAAAAAAAAUAUCUAUCUUCAUCAUGUCAAGAGACCAAGAUUAUUUAGUUUGAUUCAUGGAGUGAAGAUAUUGUUUUGGCCUAUAUAAAGAUAACAGAGAUGUUAGGAAUGAAACUUUGAAAAGCACAUUAAAGAAUUAUCGAUUCUAAAUCACUUUUUCACAUACUUGAUAGUAUGUAAUAGUGAAUACUUUUGUUAUCAAUUUAUGUUAAAUAUUUGGUGGAUA